AUGGCUUUCUUCUCUAUCAAGCGCGACACUCCGGCCCCCUUCCCCAGUAUCCAGGACCUGGCCCAGCACGACUUGAGCGACAGGUCGACAUCGGCGCCGGUGAUAUGGCGCGUCAACCUCACCUUCAUCGUGCUAGUCGGCGUCGUCGUGUCGCUCCGGAUAUUCACGCGUGCCUUCAUUACCCGACACUUCUUCGCCGAUGACGUGCUUGCCGUCUUCGCCGCCAUCUUCACCCUCGUGUCGGCCUCGACGGCCCUCGCCGCUACUGAAUAUGGCCUCGGCAUGCACGUCUGGAAUCUGCCACCGCCAAUCUCCAACAUGGUCGACAUGAUCACGCACUGCGUCAAGCUCAUGUUCGUGGCGCAUGUGUUUUACGCCGUCGCCACAGCUUUCACCAAGCUGUCCAUCAUCACGUCGUACCUGCGCAUCUUCCCGCACGAGACGCUACGGCGGAUCAUGUACGGGACGGCCGUUUUGGUAGUGGGCAUUGGCAUCAGCGCCAUCUUCGCCACCAUAUUCCAGUGCUUGCCCGUCGAGGCGGCGUGGAACUUCAACAUUACGGACAGAAAGUGUUUCCCGUUUACCGACUUCCUGUUCGCCAACGCCGCCGUCAGCAUCGCUACCGACCUCGUCCUCGUCGCCGCGCCGCUGCCCUACUUCUGGUCCCUCAACCUGCCGCUGAGGCAGAGGAUCGUCAUCUGCGUCCUGUUUGGCGUCGGCUUCAUUGCUUUUAUUGUCAGCGUCGUCCGUAUUGUGUCGUUACGAGACAUGCAAGGCAUCGAUGUGACAUACUAUCUAGUGUCCCCUCUGAACUGGACCGUCAUCGAGUGCAGUCUUGGAAUCAUCUGCGUCUCGAUCCCGCCCAUGCGCCCACUGUUUUCCAAGCUGGCGCCAGGCUUCGUGUCCACCUACAUAUCGCAAGGCGGAACGGGGGUGAGGACUGGCGGUGGGUCCCGCCUGAGGUCACAGCCACGCACCCGCGAAGAUGCGGCUAGGGACCUAGACCGCGAGAUGGACAGGCAGCUGAUGGAUUUCGAAAUGGCUGAGCACCGGCGCCAGCUUUCGGAGAAGUCGGACGCCACGGUGUCCGUCGAGGCGUCGUCGGUCGAACACGAACUGGCGCUGCCGCCGCUCAGCUAUGCCCGCAAGGGAGACACGUCUCCCGUAUGA